AUUCAAUCAACUUCCGCUUCCGUUGCCGGUUUGUUUGUUACGAUUUGACUUCGUUGUUUUCGAUUUCAGCUGUUGGCCAUUGGCGACUUUCAUACCUGUUUGAAUCAAGAUGAGUAAGGCACAUCCUCCUGAACUGAAGAAAUACAUGGAAAAAGUCCUGACAUUGAAGCUUAACGGAAACCGUAAAGUGACAGGCACACUGAGAGGAUUUGAUCCUUUCAUGAAUCUUGUUGUGGAUGACUCUGUGGAAGAAACAAAGUCUGGGGAAAGACGAAACAUUGGCAUGGUGGUGAUCAGGGGGAACAGUGUUGUACUUUUGGAGUCUCAAGAGCGUGUAUGAGUCGAGCGAGAACAAGAGUGUUGGAAAUGGAUCUGCAGACUGCACUACGUACCCGCAACCCUUUCAACGAAGAUUGUUGCUGUGUCAGUCACUCUGUAGCCAUUGAGAGGGAUAAAUACGGAGUGAAAGUGUGGAAGGAAAGGUUGAGUUUGAAGAGUGAAUUGUCAAAGUAUGAAAGAGUUUUGUAACCCUUUACAGUGGAUACUACUGUUGUAAAUUGAAUGAAACAUAAAGUGAGGUAUAUUUGGGACCAUAUUGGUUAUAAUGUAUAGAAGAGAACUGAAUGCUUAUGAUUAUUUGAAAUGUUGUUUAUGAAUGAUGUGUAUUUUUAGUGUUGUAUCAUGUCAUUGUAAUUAUUCCAUCAUUUGAAGUAAUAAAAAAAAAAAUGAUUAGUA